CGAGGCGGAGAGGGCUGGCGGGUGAGGCGAGGCGGUCCCUUCGAGCGCGGUAGUUUGUCCCGUGAAGGGAGGCAGGACGGUUAGGCGCUCUCGGCCGCCUCUUCCCCGGGAGAUGUCCUUUGCUUCUCAGAUGUAAUGCACUUUAAGUUUGUUAUUCAACAGUGAAAAUGAGUCAUACGGAGGUUAAAUUAAAAAUACCUUUUGGAAAUAAAUUACUAGAUGCUGUUUGUUUGGUACCUAACAAGAGCUUAACAUAUGGAAUAAUUCUUACACAUGGAGCGUCAGGAGAUAUGAACCUUCCUCAUUUGAUGUCACUGGCAUCCCAUCUUGCAUCUCAUGGUUUUUUUUGCCUGAGAUUUACCUGUAAAGGCCUUAAUAUUGUACAUAGAAUUAAGGCAUAUAAAUCAGUUUUGAAUUACCUAAAGACCUCAGGAGAGUACAAACUGGCAGGUGUUUUCCUUGGCGGUCGCUCAAUGGGCUCAAGAGCAGCUGCUUCUGUAAUGUGCCAUAUUGAGCCAGAUGAUGCUGAUGAUUUUGUUCGAGGUCUCAUUUGUAUUUCUUACCCACUGCACCAUCCAAAGCAGCAACAUAAACUUAGGGAUGAAGAUCUCUAUCGUAUAAAAGAUCCUGUGUUGUUUGUGUCAGGCUCAGCAGAUGAAAUGUGUGAAAAGAACUUGUUGGAGAAAGUGGCACAGAAAAUGCAAGCUCCCAAUAAAAUCCACUGGAUUGAGAAGGCAAAUCAUUCCAUGGCAGUGAAAGGACGGUCAACAAAUGAUGUUUUCAAAGAAAUAAAUACACAGAUUUUGUUUUGGAUCCAGGAAAUCACUGAAAUGGACAAGAAAUAAUUAUAUUUAGCUGAAAGCCCUGUUAUUUUGAAUACAAAUACAGUUCAUUUGAUAAAGAACAGCAUACCUCUCAGCAUUAUGAGAUAUUUCAAAUGAAUUUAAUGUUCUUUAAUGUUUCCCCCAUUUUUAAAACCUGUUUUAAUUGUGAAAUUAAUGUCCUUUAUAUAAUAUCUUUUAAAAGCACUGUUAUAGUUGUAUAAAGAUGAUGUACAAAUAUUGAAGGUGGUCUAAAUAUAAUUUAUUUUCAUUAAUAUAGUUAAGUUUUGAAAAAAAUUAAACGUUUGAAUUUUGUUACAAGGGAACUUUUGUCUUAUUUGCUGUCAACUGAGCAGGUACUCUAAUUUUGCAGAGCAGUGUCUUUAAAAAAGAAAACCGUUUACUGUGGUAAAUUUAGUUUUAUAGAAUGUGUACAUUCAUUCACCUAAUCUUUUAAUCUCAAUUAGGGAAUAGGAAGGAAGAUAUAUUUUCAGAUAUGGGGACCUUGAACAUUGUUUUUUGGAAUGAAGUAACAACUUUCAUUCAAAACAUUUCUUGAAGGCCUAUUAUAGGCAAAGCCUGAUUAGAUUUGUGAAGAGUAAAUACUUGGAGCUUAAAUAAAAUGGAGGAUGUCUAGACCUCUCUCUGAUUAAG